AUGUUAUCAAGUACACAGUCAUUCCUCUGGAGAAGGCCAAGAACUGUGGAGGGGGCAAAGAUGGAGAUGGAGCUCCAGGGGACUCGGAAGAGCCGUCAUCACGUUCAGCUGGUUUCCAAUGUCAUUUCCUUUGGCCUCUUCUCCUCCUCUCACUCAUCACACUCUCAUCGUGGAUUGAAUGAUGUUGUAUCACUGUGAACUUGCCCGAUUAAACUGAAUUGUGUGUUGUGCAUUGUAGAUUGCAUUGAGCGAGGUGAUAUAAUGAUUUUUGCAAAGCAC